AUGUCAUCUAAAUAAGGCUCUUCAAAUAAUCAAGACUAAGGAAAUCUAAAAAAAACCCUUUAGGAGAUAGAAGUAAAGAGGAAUUAAGUAGAAAAUGAAGAUUAAAGGGCAUUUUAAGAUCUUCAUUAGUAUGCUGAUCUAUCAUAAUUAUCAAUAAUACAAAAUAAAACACCUUAACAACAAUAGGAGAGGUUGAAUAUUUAGCCAGAUAAUAUUGAAAUGGUAUUGGCUCAUAAUCAAAUAAUUGAAAGUGGCCAAUAGAAUAAGCACAUUGAAUUUUUAGAUGAUUUUGUUGAUUUUAUAGAUAAACAAUUCAACGAAGUUAAAAGAUCUUCGUCAAUUUAUAAAUAUUAUUUAAAGAUAAUAUUUUAGAUACUUGUUUAUAUUUCCACUAUUAUUGAACUAAUACUCACUAUAUUAUAUGGAUAUGUAAAUAACAUAUUAGAAUAAGAAGAUUAUGCAAGAUUAUAUUAUUUUUCAAUAUUGUUAAAUAUUUUUUUCCACAUAUGUGUUUGGAUUUAUACAUAUAAAUAUAUGAAUGUGUAAAGGCAUCAUGUUUGUUGGGAUCUGUUGAAUUGUGGUUAUUAUGCUAUAAUAGGAAUUUUAAGCUACUUAAAACUAUUGCCAUUUUUGAUGUUUUAUACACGAGAAACAUCUAAUUAAUAAUUUUCAUUCAGCUAGAUCAAUAAGUAUUUAAUAACAAUAAAAGAAGAAAAAUAAGGAAACCCCUCUAGAUUGUUUAAAAAAAGAAAUAAACCAGUAAAUAUUUUCAGAGACCUAAUAUUUCAUCAUAUAGCUUUAAUCUCAAUGUCUAUCACAUUUUUGACAUAAACGAUACCAAUGCUGAUGAUAUAAGGAUUAUUUAAUUCUUAUUUUGAAGGAUGGGAUUAUUUUAACACUCUCACUUAUUGCUUUUUAAUAAUAAAUGUCCUUUGCUUUGUCUCUGAAAUUCAAUACUGCUCAAGUACUUUUUAAUUCCGAGAGAUUUAUGUAGAAAUUGCUGAUACUGAAGUCUAAUGGCAAAAAGUUUCAAUCUACUCACCCGCUUCUACAGAAUCACUUUGUAAGGUAGAUGAAUCAUAUCUUGAAUAUACAUAAUCUUUAUACUUUUAUGUCUAUACAGGUAAGUUAAAUUCAUAAGAAAAAAGAAGAUGUAUGAUCGAAAUAAUUAAAUUUAUUUUGAAAUUCAGAUAUCUGAAAAGAAUUUACAUCGCAUACAGUGAUUCAUAUGAAUUAGCAACAUUAUAAUAUUUGGCAAAUGCUCUUUAAUUUAUAGAAAUCGAAGAGUUUAUAUUGGCUUAUGAGAAUUCUGAUCGAGUAUAAGAUUUAAAGAAUACAUUUCAAAACCUUAAAAAAUAUUAAAUGGUUUAAGGAGAAAAUACAAUUUAUCUGAAAAUGUAGCCAAAAAAUCACAAUGAAUAAACCUAUGAUUAAAUUAAAAGAAAGACCAUAGAAGUAAAUACUAAAAGAACAUCAAGUAUCAUUGGAUAAAUAACAGGACAUAGAAAUAGACAAAUUUCCAAAUUUUUUAAUUUCAUGAUAUCUAAUGAUUUUGAAGCAUUAAAUAGGUAGCUUUCAAAAGGAAGCUAAGAACAUAGAGAAAAUUUAUAAAGACUUUGUACUUAAAAAGAGGAUUUACAAUAAAUUAGGUCAUCAAAUGAUAAAAUUAUAAUGGAUAUUACUAAGCUUGUAAUCUUAAAAGAAUAAUUAGGAUUUUUAGGAAUAAUCGCUUAUUUAUAUUAAUAUUAUGAUAAAAUUAAGUAAAAAAUUUUAGAGAAGAUUGAAGUUAUCAAUAAAAAUUUAUUAUCUAAUAACUAUUCAUUGAUAGCGAAAAUGUUGCUGAGAUUUACAUUUUUAACAAUUCAAAUCAUAUAUCUCAUUGAAGCAGAGAAAGAUGGAUUAAUUUGGACAAUCAUUAUAUUGGAGAUCUUAUCAGCAAUUUUUAUUAUACUACCUUUUGUUAAAAUACUGUUUAGCUAAAAAGAGUCUUGUUGCGAUUGGCAGUCAUUUAUAAUUUUAUUUCUUUUAAGUAUUUUUAAAAUUAUGGAUCUUUUUGUUAGUUAUAUUGAGAAUUCAAAUCAAGGAACUGGUGGAUAAUUCGAAAUUCGUUUUAUUUCAUACAUCAGAUUUAAGAGUUAUAUCGCAAAAUUUAAAGGAAAUAUUGGAGAUCUUGUGUUGUAUUAUCCAGAAGUUCCACAAAAAAUAGAAGUUUUUGAAAGAGCAGGAUAUUCAGAAAUAAAAUGGUUAGCAAAUAUUAGUGACUCCUUCUAUAAAAUACCAUUGUUUUUUAUUUAUAUUUUAACAACAAAUAAAGACUAUGCUUGGGGUUUUUCCUUUGUCAACACUAUUAAAGAUGCUGUAUUUGGAAUGAAAGAUUUAUUAGAAGUUGUUUUUCAAAACUUCUUUGUACCUGCAUUAAUAUUAAGAAAAGUAUCUAUUGAUUAAUUUUAUAAAUCAAUGUGUUGUUUCAGUCCAAUCUAGAAAUCAAUUUUAUUGGAAUUUCCAAAAUCAUUUGCCAUUGUAUCUAAAUUACAUAGUACAUAUUUAAACAGUAGAAAAUAUAAAAUUGAUUUUACUAAAUUAGAUUAUUCUCAAUUUAAACCUAAGAAAAAGGAAAAACUAUUAGCUAAAUUGAAAUUAGUCUUAGUAAAUAUCAAUUCAAGUAUUGAAAUUUAAAAAGCUUAAGAACUUCUAUAUAUGGGGGAAGAAGUUAUACUGAUAUUUAAAUGCUUAUAAGUUAGUGAACUUUAAUAAUUGAGGUUAAAUUUUCAAUUAGAUGAAAUUGCUUCAGAAAAUUUAUAGCUAUUAAAUGUUAUUUUGUCAUAUUGUCCAAAAAAUAAUCUUUAACAAUUGGAAAUACAUGUAGAAACCAAGAAGGCUAUUUAUCUAAAGUUUAAUGUAGAGAGAAAAAAUAUUUUAACUAGUUUUUAUUUUUCUUACUAUUAAAUUAGGGAAAUGAGAAGAUAAUAUAAAGUAUAAAAUGCUGAAACUAUUCAAAUUAAUAAAACAUUCCUUUAACUAGAUAGAUAUGAUUUUUAAUAAUUUUAUUUUGAAGUUGGAGGAUUUAUGGAUUUAACAGACUGUUCAACUUUUUUUAAUUAAUUUACAGAAGUCUAAACCCUUGAAAUAGCACUAUAAUCUGAUAGUGUUGAUUAAAGUUUCAGUUUAGAAUAGAAUAUUAAAACCACUAAAAUAACUAAACUAUCAUUAAAUUUGGAAAAUAUUUAUUUAAAUACACUAGGAGUUAGUUUAUAGAAAUUAGAGGUGUUUAAAUUAACUUUAAUUAAUUGUAGAUUUGAUAAAAAAGAUUUACUUAGAUUAUUACUAACUAUGAAUAAUAAUGGACGUAUAAUUGUUAAUUUAAGGUAAAAAUAAUGUUAUUUUUUAAUUAGAUAAUAAACACAUAAAGAUUUUAGAUUUAAUAAAUAAGAAAUGCAAAAUUUACAAGAAAGACUAUCAAAUAAUUAAGUUGAAAUAAAUUUUUUAUUCUGA